ACCAGCAGUGAGUAAGCAGAUAAUUUGACCACGAGAUGUCCGAACAGAAAAUAGCCGAGCCCGCAUUUCUACAGCUUUGCGAACUGGCCUCGGAAAGUAGUGGAGGACGAAUUCUUUUUGCAACGGACGAUUGGUUUGCUCCCGCAGAAUGGAUGCUGAAAGACUCCGAACCAGUGUUCAUUGCGGACAAAUACACGACGUAUGGUAAAUGGAUGGAUGGUUGGGAAACCAGGCGCAAACGAAUAGCCGGCCAUGAUUGGUGCAUCGUUCGGCUGGCAGCACUGACCAAAGUCAAAGGAAUCGUAGUAGACACAGCACAUUUCACGGGGAAUUUUGCUCCCCGUUUCUCGGUACAGGGAGCGCAACUGAGUCCACAGGAGGAGAAGUUGAUACCGGACCGGGGCCAAGAUAUGAUUGGAAGCGCUUGUGGCGAGAAAGAUCUGAAACAUAUGGCCGCUUUGAAAAGUGAUGAAUGGACGGAAGUGAUUGGGAUGACUCCACUCAAACCGGGCUAUGCUGCGACUAGUAAGCAAUAUUUUCUGGUCGAUUGCAAUGAAGCCUUUACUCAUCUCAGAGUGAACAUCUAUCCGGACGGAGGAAUUGCACGGUUUCGGGUUUUUGGCGAAGUACAACCGGAUGCCAAAUUAGUAUCCGGCGAACGACAGGUGGAUUUAAUUGGAAUGCUGAAUGGGGGCCAGUGUCUAAGCUAUUCCAACGCACAUUACGGUCAUCCGCGGAAUCUUAUCAAACCAAAGCGGGGUAUCAACAUGGGCGAUGGUUGGGAGACGGCACGAAGACUUGAUCGACCUUCGAUUUUGACUUUGGAUAAGCACGGUAUUCUGCAAGUACCAGGCUCCGAGUGGGCCAUAUUCCGAUUGUGUUCAAAGGGAAUAGUGGACAAGAUCGUAGUGGAUACGAACCACUUCAAGGGUAAUUUUCCGGAUAGUGUUAAAAUCGAGGCCACAUUGCUGGAACCGAACCGUACCCUUCAGUCGGUGCAGUGGCAGCUGAUGUUGGAUAACGCCAAACUCUCGGCUCACCGGGAACAUGUGUUCGAAGGAGAAAUGCUGCAAUUUGGGCGUCCGUGUAGUCACGUAAGAAUCACGAUGGCACCGGACGGCGGAAUAUCACGGGUUCGGUUGUUCGGAAAGGUGCUGUGAGUUCUAGAAGCUGAAGCUUUGGAUUGACAGUUUGAGAAAUACUACGAGUUUAAAACAUUUUUUUAGGAUAUCUUGUAGAUUUUAUGUGAAUCGUUUCUCAAAAAGAUAAAUUCCGUUGCAUUAACUUAACUAUUUACAUAAUUAUUUCGCCACUAAUGUUAAGAAAGAGUUAAACCUUUAUCAGGGUAUCAGUUUAGUUUAGUUUAUUAGUUCAUACUACUAAUCGCUCUAAAAAAGUAUUUUUAUUUUACUAUCUGUGUUCGUGUGUUUUUCUUUUAUAGAUAACCCAAUAAAAGUACUAUCUUUUCUUACAGAAACAAAAUACCGAAAAUUUAUUGUCGUGAUAAAAACAAUUUCGCUCACGGUCUUAUCAGUCUUAUUAUUUGGCAAAAAACAAAAACUAAUCGUCGUGGUGUUGCUGGUUCUGACAUGCGAAUGAUGCCGGACUAAGACAAUUGUCUAUCCCGAAGAUAGUACU